AUGGAUUUGCGUGUUGCUGUUGGAGAAGGCGAUGUGGAGGCGCUGCUUCGAGCGUGUGACGAGAGGAACGAGGAAGAGGUAGCACGCUUGUUGCAGGAGCACGUGUAUGCAGAGGAUGCACUCAGACUGGCCAUGCAAAAGGCGUGCACUCAGAACAACACCCAGUGCCUGCGAAGCCUGCUGCGGCACGAGCCAAGACUGCUGCUGAACCGCGCUGUGCAUGACGACGUAGCCACCGUCUCGCCGCUGGAACUUUGUGUUGAUAACCAAGCCGUUGCAUGUGCACGCAUCUUGGUGGAAGCCGGUGCUGCCAAUACUCAUGAGGCGGAAGACGUGUUGCCGACAGCGUGUUAUCGUGGAGGCACCGACAUUGUCGACCAGCUGCUCUCUGCAGGCGUGAACAUUGACGCCGUUGCGCGCCAGGGUGCAUGCGAGGGGUGGACGGCACUACACUGUGCCGUCAAUGCCAACAACUCUGAUCUGACCCGAACACUGCUCACACAUGGUGCAGAUGUAAACUGUACCCUUGACGUGCCUGGCUGGGCUGGCGACGGCGGCUCUCACCGUGCCCGCACUGCUCUGGCCAGGCUCGGCGUGCAGAUGGAUACCAUCGGGUCCAAGCGGCACAUGACUCCGCUGCACCUUGCUGUCUGCAAUCGGAACGCCGCCAUGUCGAAACUGCUGCUUCAAUCGGGCGCAGACGUCAACGCGCGCGACAGCGUGGGACGAACGCCGCUGUAUCUGUGCUGUGUGCAAGGCCAACACCCCUCCAUUCGAGAAAUUAUCGACACCUUGCUCCAACACGGUGCAGACUUGCACCUCAAGGCAAACAACCAAAGUGUGCUGGACAUGAAGGGCAAAUGGAAACGGACCGUGAACGCAUUCUACGCAGCAACAAACAGACUUGCAAAGGCAGUGAUGAAAGGGGACCUAUGGAGAGCAGAGAAGCUCUUGAAGACCGACCCAAGACAAGGGUCGUAUGCGUUCCACCACGUUUGCACACAUGGAACGCUGGAAGCAGUACGCUGGUUUGCAGACAAAGCCAUCAAUGUGAACAUUACCGUCAAGGGCAAAACUGCAUUGCAUGCUGCCAUUGCUGCGCAUGACUUGGCCAAGGUUCAGUGGCUGCUGACCGACAUGAGCGCAGAUGCUUCUCUCCUGGUGUCUCAAGCAAAGCUGAGCAGUCGCCCGCAGAUGGAUGCACUUGCGCUUGCAAUUGCCCAGAAGCAAGAAGCCAUUGCCCACACGCUCCUCGACCACGGUGCCGCGAUAUCCUUUGAACCGCAACCGAAACACGCGGAUGCCCUUUUCAGGGCGUGUCGAGCCGGCCUUGGCUCGCUGGCGUGGCGGUUGCUGCAGCUUGGCGCUCCGAUCCCCGAUGACGACGCCAUCGGCAGCCUUCUUGCAUCGUGCGCGUGA